GGGACACGGAGGGAGGAAGACGCGGCGGCGGCGGCGGCUCCUCUGUGCAGAGGGGGAACUCCGAGGGAGCCGAGCAGGAAUAAUGCGGUAGGCGGCGGGCUCGGGCUCCGGCUCCGGCUCCGGCUUGGGCUCCGGCACAGCGGCGGCAGCACCGCGGCAGCACCCCAGGCGCUGACAGCUCCGCCAGCCGGCUCCUCGCUGACCGCCGACUGUCAAUGGAGCUGGAAAACAUCGUGGCCAACACGGUCUUGCUGAAAGCCAGGGAAGGGGGCGGAGGCAAACGCAAAGGAAAAAGUAAGAAGUGGAAGGAAAUACUGAAGUUCCCUCACAUCAGCCAGUGUGAAGAUCUCCGCAGGACCAUAGACAGAGAUUACUGCAGCUUGUGUGACAAGCAACCAAUUGGGAGAUUGCUUUUCCGGCAGUUCUGCGAGACCAGACCUGGGCUUGAGUGCUACAUUCAGUUCCUUGACUCAGUGGCAGAAUAUGAAGUUACUCCAGAUGAAAAACUGGGCGAGAAAGGGAAGGAAAUUAUGACCAAGUACCUCACCCCAAAGUCCCCGGUGUUCGUCGCCCAAGUUGACCGAGACCUGGUCUCCCAGACAGAAGAGAAACUCCUUCAGAGCCCCUGCAAAGAGCUCUUCUCCGCGUGUGCGCAAUCUGUCCACGACUACCUACGAGGAGAACCAUUCCACCGCUACCUGGACAGCAUGUAUUUCGACCGCUUUCUCCAGUGGAAAUGGUUAGAAAGGCAACCAGUGACCAAGAACACAUUUAGGCAGUACCGAGUGCUAGGAAAAGGGGGCUUCGGAGAGGUCUGCGCCUGCCAGGUUCGGGCCACAGGUAAAAUGUACGCCUGCAAGCGCUUGGAGAAGAAGAGGAUCAAAAAGAGGAAAGGGGAGUCCAUGGCGCUCAACGAGAAGCAGAUUCUGGAGAAAGUCAACAGUCCAUUUGUGGUCAACCUGGCUUAUGCCUAUGAGACCAAGGACGCUCUGUGCCUGGUUCUGACCAUCAUGAAUGGGGGUGACCUGAAGUUCCACAUCUACAACAUGGGCAACCCUGGCUUCGAAGAGGAACGAGCUUUAUUUUACGCAGCAGAGAUCCUGUGUGGCUUGGAGGACCUUCACCGGGAGAACACGGUCUACAGAGAUCUGAAACCUGAAAAUAUUCUGCUAGACGACUACGGUCACAUUCGGAUCUCCGACCUGGGCCUAGCUGUGAAGAUCCCCGAGGGAGACCUGAUUCGAGGUCGAGUGGGCACCGUUGGCUACAUGGCUCCUGAGGUCCUCAACAACCAGAGGUACGGCCUGAGCCCGGACUACUGGGGUCUGGGCUGCCUCAUCUAUGAGAUGAUCGAGGGUCAGUCACCCUUCCGCGGCCGCAAGGAGAAGGUGAAGCGAGAGGAGGUGGACCGCCGGGUCCUGGAGACCGAGGAGGCUUACUCCCACAAGUUCUCAGAGGAAGCCAAGUCCAUCUGUAAGAUGCUGCUUACCAAGGACGCAAAGCAGAGACUGGGCUGCCAGGAGGAAGGGGCUGCGGAGGUCAAGAGACACGCCUUCUUCAGGAACAUGAAUUUCAAGCGCUUAGAAGCCGGGAUGUUGGACCCUCCCUUCGUUCCAGAUCCCCGCGCCGUGUACUGUAAGGACGUGCUAGACAUCGAGCAGUUCUCCACUGUGAAGGGCGUCAAUCUGGACCACACAGACGACGACUUCUACUCCAAGUUCUCCACGGGCUCCGUGUCCAUCCCGUGGCAAAACGAGAUGAUAGAGACCGAAUGUUUCAAGGAGCUGAAUGUGUUUGGACCUAACGGUACCCUCUCACCAGACCUGAACAGAAGCCACCCUCCAGAGCCCCCAAAGAAAGGGUUACUCCAGAGGAUCUUCAAGCGCCAGCAUCAGAACAACUCCAAAAGUGCGCCCAGUUCCAAGGCCAGUUUGAACCAUCACAUAAAUUCAAACCAUGUCAGUUCCAACUCCACUGGAAGCAGCUAGUUUCAGCUCUGGCUUUGACGUUCACAGUGGAGCCAGCAGAACGUUCCACUCAGAUGCGGAGCUGGUGAGCAGUGGCGCUUACGCUCUGGCCAGGUGGUUGGGGAGCCCCGGUCAGCAGCUGGGGAAGGAGGCGGUCACCCCCUCGAAGUAGAGGCUCGAGGUUUCUCAAAGAAAUUCCCACUCAGGUCUGUCUUCAGAGGUGGCCCUCAAGCCAGUGUGGAUUGGAUGUCGUUGUCGAACAUUGCAAUAGAAAUCCAAUUGGCUAUGACAACUUGCACGCAUUUUAAUAGUGUCAUAACUAGAACUGAAUUUUGUCUUUAUUAUUUUUAAAGAAAAGUUUUGUAAAUUUCUCUAUUGUCUCAGUUUACAUUUUGUAUAUUUGUAUUUAAAUGAAAGUCAGACUUUGAGGGUGUAUAUUUUCUGUGCAGCCACUGUUAAGCCAUGUGUUUUAAGACAUUAUAGGGUGAGGGUGGGGGGAAUUUACAAAACAAAACAAAAAUGGCGUCUUGACUUCCAGAGCCUCAAAUGGGAAACCGUUUUUAUUAAAUGUAGAAAAUGAUUCACAUUU